AUGCAAAUACAAUGGAAUGACUAACUCAUCCAAUUCAUUUAUUCACGUUGUAGCGAGUUAUUUGAAAAUGAACAAUAUUUAGGUAAAAUAUCAUAAUAUUUUGCCUUUAAAUAUUUUGAAUUAUUAUUAUCAUUUAAUAUAAGCGAGUUAAGACUAGAUUUUGUCACUAAUUAAAUAGAUAUUUAAAUAAAAACUAUUGGGGGCGCAACAUAUAUUUAAACAUCUAAUUUUAUAUGUAUCAACUCAACCUUUGAGGAAAUAUCGACUGCGAAAAUCUCAGUUUUUGAUAUUGUCACUUCAAGCGAUGGAAUAAUAAUGAUGUAAAAUCUAUCUAUUUUUUAAAUGAGAAAUAGUUUACAAGAAAAUAUUGAAAAUGAAGGGUGCUUAAGUGUUAAUGCACUGAAUAGUUUGUUAAAUCUUCAAAUUAAAAAUACUAAAUUUUCAAAUAUACCUAAUAGGAUGUCAUCAUCCAUAAUAACAAUAAAUCCUUCAUUACUUGAAAAUAAAUUGAUAUUCUAAAAUAUUACUAUAGUUGAUUGUGUUUCGUUAAAAAAUUAGAUCGUGAAAAUGUAGUUUAUUACUUAAGCAAAUAAAUAAAAUUCCAUUUCAUUUAUAGAUUUAAAGAUCUACUAAAAUUAAGAAUCUUGGUUCAAUUUAUUACAGAAUAUUCGAGAAUUGUCUGAAUCUGAAAUUCAAGAAAUAACUGGAAAAGAUAAUGCAAUAAUAUAUUUAGAGAAUUGUGAUGCUAAUAUAGAAAAUCUUUUUUUGAAGGUAUGUUGUUUUCUCGUUUUUUUAAUUUAAAUAACUUUAUUUCAAUCAGGCUGAAGUAUAUGGAAAUAAUCUUGUUGAAAACCCCAGUUAUUUGACACUCUCCAUAAAUUCAAAAGCAAUGCCUGCUGUAGAAUCAACAAUUAAUAAUAUUUAAACAAGCAUCCUAAAAUUAACCCCUUACUUGGUAAUGGAACAAGGAAUUAAAAAAUAAACAGAAAUGCUAAUGAUUCUCAGUACAUAAAUAAUCGACACGUAUUAAAUAUUUAUUGUCAGUUAGGCUACUUACUUAACAUACAUCAAAAGUAUGAACAUUUAUUUCAAAAAUAGUAAGGGGGAGUUACUCCUUAAUCUUUAUAAUUCAAUCUGUGAAGUUACAGAUUACAUAAGACAGCCAACAAAAAUUUUGA